CGUUGUUUUUUCCGCCAUUCAUGCGGUUCUGAGAAUCUCAAUCAUUUUGAGAUCGUUUUCGAAACAGUAGUGUAGCGUGCGCGUUGAUCAUAAUAUACAGAGAUUUACUGAAAGAAGAAAUUUUCUUUCUCUCUUUCUACAUCGAAACAUUUUUUAGGUGAAGAUUGGUGGCACGAAGAAAUUAUUACAUAAUUUCCUUGAUUUUUUUUUUAAAUAAAAAAAGAUAACGGAUUGGCUGAGUUAGAAACGACAACAAUUUAUCGUAACUGAAAUUUUCACGAAAUACAUAGAGCAAGAGCUAGAGAAAUGGAGGUAUCUGAAACAACAACUGGACAAAAUGUGCAAAAAUCAUCAUCCAGCACAUCGGAAACUGUGAAUGAGACGGUUGUAAAGACUGAAGUAACCAAGGUUGUCAAUGGCGAUAGCGAGAAAACAGUUUCAGUUUCAACAACAAUCGCUGUUGCACCCACCGAAAAUGGAACCAAAGAUCAAAACGAUGAAACCGAAGAAAUUGUUGAGGUGAUUGAAGUGACCGACGAUGAAAGUGGCGAAGAAGAGGUCAUUGAAACCACCACCACAACAACAACAACAAAAACACCGGCAGUAGCAAAAACACCAUCGGUUGAUGCUUCGGCCGCUAAGCCAGAGGUAAAAGCUCAAAAAUCGGUAGAAAAACAAGCUACCAUUGAAAAGCAAGCAACGAUUGAAGAGCAAGCGACAAACACUUUUCCGACUGCGGCAACCAUUAAGAAACAAGUUACAAUUGAAAGACAGGCUACCAAUGAUCCUGAAGAUUCAUCGUCUGCAGACGAAGUCGAAGUAGAAGAAGAAGAGGAAGAAGAAGUAGUUAGCAAAACAACAAAUUGUGUGGCAACUACAGCUGAAACUUCUGAAACUGCUGAAACACCUCAACAUGCUGUUGUAAUCGAAACCAAUGAAGAUGAAGAAGAUGGAGAAGUUGCCGAAACACCACAGCAUGCUGUUGUGAUCGAAAGCAAACCAGAAGAAGUCACCGAUUCAUUGGCUCAAUUAAAAUUGUCCGAAAGUGUUGAACAGACAUCGAAUGAAACAACCACUACUAAUGAAGCGAUCAGACGUGCUUCGGCUGCUGAAAUUCAAGCAGCUAGACGUGAAUCAGCCGCCGGUGAGGGUGUCCAACGUCCAAUUCAACAAGCUGUAUCAAUCCCACAAACAGCCCCAAUACAGCAAACCACUCCAAUUCAACAAACAGCAAUGAUUCAACAAGCAACACCACCAGUUCAAUCAUCUGCACCGCCAAAUUAUAUUCAGGCCGGACAACAGGCACCGCCAACCUAUGUUCAACAACCGAAACCGGCCAUUUAUGCUCAACCAACACCGGUCGCAUACCAACAACAAUAUGCACCAGCAGCGCAUCAAAUUCCGCAGGAAAAUAUUCGCAAUCAAUUGCAAGAAAUUGUCUCGGAUAUCGAUCGCGCUGUUGAAGAGCACAAACUUUUCAGCCAAACACCACAACAACCAGCGGCUCGAUCAUCAGUCACAUCACAAAAUUACACUACAACCGAAACAUGGAAGCAAACAUCAAGUGGUGGUGUAUUCCAGAAGCCAAGCUACUUCUAUCAGGAAGAUAAUUCAUCGACCACAACAUCUUCUGCAAAACCAAUCGAUUUACAAAAAAUCUUUACACCGGCCACUGAUGCAGAAGUUAUUGUCCCAAAUAAAAACCGAAAAUUGUAUGCAUCGUCGGCAUUCUUUACGCCUGGACUGCAUCCAACGGUGGAAGAUCAAGUGGAGCUGGCACGGCGCAUUUCAUCAUCUCUCAGUGAUGCCAACAAUAAACUAUCCAAAGGACAAACAAUGUACGUCAACAGAAAGAAGCGAUCGGUGAAGUGGGUACAUGAAGGAGAAGGCAAAAACGAAAAUGUGAACGGAUAUGGCGACUAUCAAAUGCCGUCAAACCAAUACAGCGAAGAAAAAUCGUAUUCGACCCAACGAUACGAAACGAAAAUACCAUUAAAAUUGGUAAUGGAUCCGCGUGGCGUUGUGCAAGAUAUUCAAUCUCAGGGCAUCACAUAUGACCAUAGCAGCGGUAUGCUUUCGCCCGAUAAAUGUGCCGAACUAGUUAGUGCUUUGCACACAGACGCACCAAAAGGAAAAGGUGCUGAACUCUUUGCAAAGAGACGCAAGCGAUCCGAAAAAUGGAUUGUCGACGAAACAACGCGAUCGGCAAGUAAUCCAUCCGCUACUUCGUACUCAGCUGGACCAACACAAAUCUAUGACACCAAUCAAUAUAACCAAACCAGCUACCAAUCGGUUGAUAAUAAACAGACUAAUUAUCAACAAGCACCUUGGGAAACUCAACAACGACAAGAUGAUUAUAAUAUUUACUCUUCUUCACCGAGCGCUUAUAAACCAUCAUACCAACCAUCGACACCAGCGACAGCACCACCAUCAUUGCCGUCUCAACAAUAUAAAUUGCCUCAGCAACAAACAUUGUUGAAGAGAACACCAAACAAUCUACGUGAUUUGGCGUACAAGCCAAGCAUACCACAAGGAUGGAAUGCACCACCAUCAAAACUACCAAACGUGUUGACCAAUCAAAAUGACACAAAAUUAGAAACAGACGAGACAGCAUCAGAUUUGAUCUCAGCCAUAAAGGAGUUUGAAGAAACAACGGCUAAAAUAACAAUGACACAUCAAAGCCAUGAGACGAAACAAAAUAGUACGACGGUUAAAGAAUCGACCGUAUUAUGUAGGGAUUCCGAUGAAAAAGGUCCAGUUGAUUGCUUUAAUCGUGCAAAAGAAUCAUUGAGACAUGUAACACAGAUUGAACAUGAUAUAAAUAAUAAUGAGCAAAAUAGGAUGGAAAGUGUAAACAAUGUGGCCCAUCAAAUAUUUGGUGAAAAUGAAUUGGACGAGUCGUAUGUGAAAAUUCCAGUACAGCAAUUGAUUAACACAUUUGAAAAGCAAAUGCGUUCAAUAAUCAAGCAAAAGGUCAAUGAAAAUAUACAAUUGAAAAUGGAUGGCACAACGAACAAUUGCAAAUUAUCAACCACCUAUAUCAACAAGGAUUACAAUGGCAUCGUCGGUGAAAAAGAAAAUGAAUUGAAAACCAUAAAUAAUCAACAAUUUUCAACAGCAACAACAGCCACACAAAAUUCGACAAUUGAUUCGAUUGUGCAACAGCAAACGUUUGAUCGAAAUGAGCAUCUGGUAUCACAUUCGAUAGACGAACAAUAUCAAUGGUCAACGAAAAAUGAGAGUAGCACAUUCAGUAGCUCCGUAAAACAAUCAAUGUAUGAUGAAAAGAAUACCGAAUCGGCAAUCAAUCGACUCAAUGGCACACAACCGGAUGAUAAUUUCGAUGGAGAAAUGUUUACACCACCCGAAAUCCCAUUGAGCGGUUACACACCACCACGAACCGAUGCAUACUUACCAAAAACAUCAUCAUCAUCAUAUCCUCAUCAAUAUGAGAAUACCUAUGCACCACCACCACCAUCGUCAACUGACUUCUAUCAACCACCAAAUGCUGCAUCGAAUCUCCAUCCAGCACCACCAAGUUUCCGGAAAAUCGAUCCAACACAGGUGUAUGGUGCUCAAUUUCCAGUGCAAAAUUUCACACCAAAACCAUUCACACCAUCACCAAUUGCACAGGAGAAAUUGGCCAUUUUCGAGCAACCACAUCAAUUGCAGCAACCUGUCAUUCGACGUCCGUUGACGGUUCCAAAUCAACGCGUGAAAAAUGUCUCACCAAUACCAUUCGGUGGAGGCUCACAAUACGAUUCAUAUCAAAAUGCACCAUGGUCUGCUCCGCAAUCAAAUCGCUUGUCUGGUUGUUCGUUCACCUCGUCAUCGCCGAACUACAAUGCUGGCCCAUGCAGUGUACCAAUUGCAAGUCAGCCAAGCCAACGCGCUUCGGCAUACGAUUCGGCAUCGCAUCAAGAAAACUUCAAUCGGGCAGCACGUGGAUGGGGACAAAAUAAAGGUUUCUAUCAGCCAGUUUCAUUUGCAAAGCCAAUUGAUCUUCCAUACACCGAUUUUUAAAUUGAUUGCAGCUUUCUCGCAAAUGCUUGCAAAAUUUUCUUUUCUUUCUUUUAAGUCGAAUCAAUUUUAUUUUUUAUUUCAUUUUCCAACAAUUCUUUGUUUAAUUAUUUAAAAAAAAAAAAAAGAGAAGAAAACAAUUGUAAAAUAAAAAAAAUACGUACUUUACUGGAUGACAACGAUGAUAAUAAUGGAUAUAUAUAUGUGUGUGUGCAACACAGUACAAUGGCAGCCUGUGUACUUUGACGCACAUUCUAGAAUUAAAUAACAAUUUUUAAUCGCAGUGCUUUGAACAAAUCACGAGUUGAAAUUUGAUGAACAUGAUUUUUAAAACAAAACAAAAAAAAAA